GUAGCGGGUGCGGACCGUGGUGCCCGGGCCCCCGCCGCCGCCAGCAUGGCAGCCCCUCCCGCCGCGCCGGAUUCGCACCCGGGUCCCGCCGUCCCGGCCCAGGACGAGACCAUCCUCUACGACCUCCUCGUCCACGCCGACUGGCCGCCCGACAGCGAGGUGCAGCCUCGAGGCAACAGAAAACAUGGGGCUUCCUUGCUCAUCACCAAAGCAAUUACAGGUCCGUUAUUAUUUGUGCGUCAAUAUAUCUGGUACAGCCCUGCAACAUUUUUACUCCCCGAAGGAUUGUUUCGCCUGGUUAAUAAACAGAUAAACUGGCAUCUUGUAGUUGCAAGCAAUGGCAAACUUCUGGCGACUGUUCAAGAUCAGUGUGUGGAGAUCAGGUCUGCAAAAGAUGAUUUUACAUCUAUCAUUGGAAAAUGCCAAGUUCCAAAGGAUCCCAAUCCACAGUGGAGACGUGUGGCCUGGAGUUAUGACUGCACCCUGCUUGCUUAUGCUGAAAGUACAGGAACCGUGAGAGUGUUUGACCUUAUGGGCAGCGAACUCUUUGUCAUUUCCCCGGCCUCCAGUUUUCCGGGUGAUUUGAGCUGUGCUGUUGCCGGGUUGAUAUUUCUGGAGUACAAAGCGAGUGCCCAGUGGUCUGCGGAACUCCUAGUCAUCAAUUACCGCGGAGAGCUCAAAAACUACCUUGUAAGUGUUGGGACAAAUCAGAGUUACCAAGAGAGCCACAGUUUCAACUUCAGCAGUCACUAUCCUCAUGGAAUAAACACAGCCGUUUACCACUCUGGUCAUAGGCUUUUACUGGUAGGUGGCUGUGAAAAUAAUGAAGGUGGAAGAUCGAGAGCUGCGUGUUGCGGCUUGUCAGCCUGGAGAGUUCUCUCUGGAUCACCUUAUUAUAAACAGGUCACUGGUAGCGAAGAGAAUGUCACAACAGUACCAAGGAGGCUGGGAUUACUGCGAGUUUUGAAUUUCAGCCUUUAUGGCAAAUCGGGACAAGAACAGGAUGGAAUUUUUAAAAUGAGCCUUUCCCCUGAUGGAACGCUACUGGCAGCCAUUCAUUUCUCGGGGAAGCUGAGCAUCUGGGCCGUUCCAUCUCUCCAACAACAAGGUGAAUGGAAGCAAAGUGAGCAGCCAGGUUUUGAUGAAAUUAAUCCCAAUUGGAGGAUCUUUACAGAAAAAAAAAAGAAAAUAAAAGAUAAAGAGUCCUUUUACCCACUUAUUGAUGUAAAUUGGUGGUCAGAUAAUGCAGUGAUCUUGGCUCGCUGCUCAGGUGCUCUAACUGUGUCGUCGGUGAAAACCUUGAAGAAUUUACUGGGGAAGUCAUGUGAAUGGUUUGAAACCUCCCCACAGGUCACUGCGUCUCAUGAAGGAGGAUUUUUAAGUUUAGAGUGUGAGAUAAAACUGGCUCAAAAAAGAUUGCGAUUAGAGAACAGACCUGGGGAGGAUGAUGAAGGAGAAGAUGAAUCUGAUUCUGAUGAAGAAACUUCGGCUAAGGCCAGGUACUUUGGUUACAUAAAGCAAGGCCUGUACUUUGUGACGGAAAUGGAGCGAUUUGCUCCUCCUCGAAAACGUCCCCGCACCAUUACUAAAAACUACCGCCUUGUGAGUCUCAGAUCCACAACUCCAGAGGAACUUUACCAGAGAAAGAUUGAUAAUGAAGAAUAUAGUGAGGCAUUGUCUUUGGCUCAUACCUAUGGCCUUGAUACUGAUCUUGUCUAUCAACGGCAGUGGAGGAAAUCAACAGUUAACAUUGCUUCUAUUCAGGAUUAUUUGAGUAAAAUAAAGAAGCGGUCUUGGGUUCUUCAUGAAUGUUUGGAAAGAGUCCCGGAGAAUGUGGAUGCUGCUAAAGAGUUGCUACAGUUUGGUUUAAAAGGCACAGACCUGGAAGCUCUUAUAGCAAUAGGGAAAGGAGAAGAUGGUGGCAGAUUUAUAUUACCUGGAGAGAUAGACAUUGAUAAUGUCCCCUAUGAGGAACUUUCAUCUCCCGAAGAGGAAGCACAGAAUACAAAGGAAAAAGAAGCCAAAAAGCAAAUGGAACUGCUUAAAUUAGUAACCUUUUCAAAGCUAACCUUGGAACAAAAGGAACUUUGCCGUUGCAGACUGAAAUUGCUCAUGUAUUUAGACCGACUAGCAACAUAUGAGGAAAUCCUUGGAGUGCCUCAUGCAGCCAAGCAGAGAUAUGAUGCUGAAUUUUUUAAGACUUUCAGAAAUCAAAAUAUUAUUCUCUCAGCAAGAACUUAUGCACGGGAGAGUAACGUGCAAGCUCUGGAAAUACUGUUUACCUACCAUUGGUCAGACUUACUGCCACAUCGACUUGCAAUCCUUUCAAAUUUUCCUGAAACGACUUCUCCACAUGAAUAUUCCAUUUUACUUCCUGAAGCAUGUGGAAAUGAUGGUUCUUUGACAAUCCUCCCCUGGAAUGAACAGAAACACCGGGAUAAGGAUUGGUGCGAAGAAACCGAAUGCAAAAUAGUGGUCGAGCCAAAUCUUCAGGAUGAAGGUGAAUUCCUUUAUGAAGAACAACCUGAGUUAUUAAAAUACAAAGCUACAAACCUCUCCAUCAAUAUAGUUACCAACUGGUAUUGGAACAGAGCAGAGGAGAUUGAGGACUACUCUUUACAGGUGGAUUGUGCAUUAUCACUUGUCCGGCUUGGAGUGGAAAGAAAUAUUCCUGGUUUGCAGGUUUUGUGUGACAAUUUGGUUACCCUGGAAACUUUAGUUUAUGAAACAGGAUGUAACCUAACACUGACCUUGAAAGAGCUACAACAGAUGAAAGACAUUGAAAAGCUAAGAUUGUUGAUGAACAGCUCUUCUGAGGAAAAUUAUAUAACGAAUGUUUACCAGUGGAUGGUUCCUUUCCUGCAUCGUUGUGAAAAACAGUCUCCUGGUGCUGCUAAUGACCUAUUGAAAGAGUAUUUAGUAACUUUAGCAAAGGAAGAUCUAAAACUCCCCUUGAAGAUAUUUCAACAUUCAAAACCAGAUCUUCAGCAAAAAAUAAUUCCUGAUCAGGACCAGUUGAUGAUAACAGCCCUGGAGUGCAUCUACAGUUGUGAACGUGAUAACCAGCUCUCUCUUUGCUAUGAUGUGUUAGAAUGCCUUCCCCAGAGAGGAUACGGUCAUAAAACAGGAAUGACGACGGCUCUUCAUGACAAGGUAGAUCAACUGGAACAGUUUCUCAGUGUGUCAGAGCUCUUGGAGAAGCAUGGGUUACAGAAACCGAUUUCAUUUGUCAAAGACACCAAAUCCAACCCAGAUGAGGCCCGUGCACUGAUGAUUAGAUUGACCAGACACACAGGGCGCAAGCAGCCUCCUGUUAGUGAGUCUCAUUGGAAAGGAUUGCUGCAGGAUAUGUUAGCUAUGCAGAAGAACGUCUACGGGUGUCUGGAUCCUGAUGCUUGCUAUGAGAUAUUUACAGAAAGUCUCCUAUGUUCAAGCCGCUUAGAAAACAUCCAGUUGGCUGGGCAGAUGAUGCUCUUUAGUGCUCGGUCAGUAGAUCCACAAAUUAGUGGCACCACUAAAGAGAAACCCCAGGACAAGGUCAGCUAUGAAAAAAGCAUUCAGUUGGUAUUGGCUGCUAGUAGGGAGUACUUCAAUUCCUCCACCCAUUCAAAGGAUAACUGCAUGGAUUUGGCCAGGUCCUGCUUACAAUUGAUCAUUGAAUGUCCCAAUGCCAUUCAAGAAGAAUUAGAUCUCAUCCGAGCUCUUAGCUAUCUCGAAGAAUUUGGAGUAAAGAUUCUACCUUUGCAAGUGCGUCUGUGCUCUGAUCGCCUAAGUCUCAUCAAGGAUUGUAUUGUGCAGGCCCCGACAAGCUACAAGCAAUCUGCUAAACUCCUGGAACUUGCAAAUUUGCUGAGGGUUGCAGAAGACGACCAAGCGGAAAGGAAGGGGCAGGUUUUGAUCCUGUUAGUGGAACAAGCUCUUCAUUUCCUGGACUACAAAGCAGCUAAUAUGCACUGUCAAGAGCUGAUGGCCACAGGCUAUUCUGGAAGUUGGAAGGUGUGUAGCCAAUUGGGACAGUCGGAAGGUUACCAAGAUUUGGGAACUCGUCAGGAACUCAUGGCUUUUGCUCUGACACAUUGCCCUCCUAAUGCCAUAGAAUCUCUGCUGGCAGCAAGUAGUUCACUACAGACAGAAAUUCUCUACCAAGCAGUUAAUUUUCAGAUGCACCCAGAAGGAGGAGAAAAUAUAAAUGUUUCAGGUUCUUCAUCAUUCAUUAAUAAGGAGCUGCAAGAGGAUGGAACAAACAUUCCACCGAGUCAUUCAACUGACUUAUUAUACUGGACGACUGCUACUACCAUGAAAGUCCUGUCUAAUACAACGAUGACAACCAAAGCCAUGCUUCAUGCAGUCAGCGACCGGCAGUGGUGGAAGAAGUCUUUAACCUACCUCCGACCAUUACAUGGACAAGAAUUUGGGGAUGUUUAUAGAAGCGGGGCCGGAGCCAAUGCCAAAUUGGAAAAACAAGGCUGCCAUCCUUUUUAUGAAUCUUUAAUUGUUGAUCCUUUUCUGGCUGAAGCUGAAGUUACCUAUACAGCCUAUCAGCAUGUCCCUUUAGAAAGCUUUGCAGAAGUCUUGCUGAGAACAGGGAAAUUAGCAGAAACUAAGAGUGAAGGGGAAAACGUAUUUCCAACUACAGAAGUUCUCUUACAACUGGCUAGUGAUACUUUACCAAAUGACAUGACCUUGUCUCUUGCUUACCUGCUUGCAUUACCGCAGGAGUUAGAUGCCAACAAGUGCUUUGAAAAGCAAUCCAAUUCUGCCUUAUCGCUCCAGCUGGCAGCUUAUUUCUAUAGCCUACAGAUCUAUGCUCGUUUGGCACCAUGUUUCACAGACAAAUGCCAUCCUCUCUACAGGGCUAAACCAAAAGAGUUAAUCCAACUGGUCACAAAGUACGUUACUCAGUAUGAAAAUGAAGACUGGUCUGAAGAACUCACCAUGCUGAUUAAGCAGUUACAUUAUUAUAACGAGCGACUUCUGGAUUUCACUCAGGCUCAAAUUCUUCAAGGUCUUGGAAAGGGGGUGGAUGUGCAGAGGUUUACCGCAGAUCGCCAAUAUAAGAGAGAAACUAUUUUGGGUCUGGCCGAAACCCUCGAGGAAAAUGUAUACAACAUCUCUCUUUCCUUGGCACAGCGGUAUAAUGUACCAAGUUGGGAAGUUUAUAUGACUCAUUUGGAAUUUCUCUUCACUGACAGUGGUUUAUCCACAGUAGAAAUAGAAAGUAGAGCACAAGUUCUUGGUCUCUUUGAUACUUUGAAAACCAACCCUGAAGCUUUUCAUGAGCAUAUGGUCAAAUAUGUCUAUCCAAGUAUCAGCGGCUUAGAUCACGAAAGGUUGCUCUGUUACUUUACUCUUCUCGAAAACUGCGGUUGUUCAAGUUUUGUGAGGCAUGCCAUCAAACCUGACACACACAUUCGGCUGCUGAAGAAGUUCAAGGUUGUUGCAUCAGGACUUAACUACAAAAAGCUUACUGAUGAGAAUGUGAGCCCUCUAGGAGCACUGGAACCAGUUCUAACAAGUCAGAAUAUUUUAUCCAUUUCCAAACUCGCUUCCAAAAUCCCUGAGAAAGAUGGAAGUAUGCUCUCACCAAGCUCUCUGUAUACCAUCUGGUUGCAAAAACUGUUCUGGACUGGAGACCCUCAGCUCAUUAAAAAAGCACCGGAGUCAUUUCCCGAGUGGCUUCACGCAUAUGAAGUCUGUGGAAAGUACUUUGACCGACUCCAACCGAGUGAUAUUGUCACAGUGGUCGACGCGCUUACAUUUUCUCCGAAGGCUGUAACCAAGUUGCCUCUGGAUGUCCGUAGAGAAAUGACUAAAAAAACUAUAAAUGCAGUCAAACAUUUUAUUGAGAAGCCUAGGAAAAGGCCUACAGAAGAUACUAAUCACAAUGCUGGUGAUUCUGUAGUUACAUAUGAGGACACUCUGAAUCAUCUGCAACAGUCACUUGCUCAUUUGGAAACACUCAGCCAUAGCUUCAUUAUAUUUCUGAAGAACAGUGAACAGGAUAUGCUACAAAAAUAUGGUUUUCUGUAUGAUCUGUCCAGGUCGGAAAAAGUGAAAAUACAUGACCAAGCAGUGACCAUGUGUUUAGAUGGCCAAUCUCUAGAGAUGAUACAGGAGUUACUAGAAGUAGCUGUUGGCCCUCUGGAAAUCUCCCCCAAAGAUGUAGUCCACAGUGCCAUAAAGAAAAUUAUAUUUGCACUAAGUGGGAAUGAAGGAGACUCUCUUAUCAAGCAAGAUCCACUCCAGGUUCUUGAAGGCAUUGUUUCCUCAGUUCAUGCGAGUGUUGAAAAGGGAGAAAAGCUGAUUUCCUCCGAUGAUUUGUUGGAGUGGUUACGACCCUUUUGUGAUGAUGAUGCCCUGCCGGUGAAACCUCGCAUUAGAGUGCUGCAGAUUAUAGAACAGUCUUUUCAUCUCUCUGACAAGGACAGCAAGCUCCUUGUGUUCUUCCGAACCCAGGCAGUUCUCAAAGCCUCCUGGCCUCAAGUGAAGGUUGACGUAGCAGAUAUAGAAAAUGAGGAGAAGCGCUACUCUCUCUUCCUGAAUUUACUAGAGUCCAGUCACCAUGAGACUGAGUUCCAGCACCUAGUUUUACUCUUGCAAGCUUGGCCACCUAUGGAGAGUGCAGAUCUUACAAGUACAGCAAAAAAUCCUUGGAUGAAACUAGUCACCAAGAUGGUGUCCAGCUGCACAGAGGAGAACAAGGAAGCUCUGGGUAAUGAAGUAUUGAAGAUCUGUCGAUCUUUGUAUCAUACCAAGCAAAUGCUCCCUGUAGAGUGUAUAAAGGAGCUGUGUUUGCUGCUGCUUAACCAGGCUCUCCUGCUACCUUCCCUGAAACUGCUAGUAGAAAGCCAAGAUCGCGAUCUUCAUGUUGUGGCCCUGGAGCAGAUCAAAACUGUGGGAAAGGUCGAAGAUUCAAACUGUGACCCGGAAAUCCUCGGAUUGCUUCUGGAUGCCGGAUUGGUGGUCGACUGUGUGUCCACUUCCUUUUAUCCUCGUCUUAUCAAUCACCUGUUGGCUCACCAUGAAGAGCAGCAAUGGGCUGUAGAAGAAAUAGUCCAGCAGCUGCAGAAGGCUGGUUUCCCCGCAGAGGCGGGUUCCCUGCUGCUGAAGUACAAAGGGACACAUCCCUCCCUGAGAACGUUUAGUGCCGCCCUCAGGGCCGUUCAGCUCUGGCUAUAAGAUGCAUUUCAGCAUGGAGGUUUGGGGUGUAAAGAAGUUUCUGUGUAGUAAAGCGUCCUACCUAGUUCUCAGAUGGAAAUUUGGUAUGGAAGGACAGCUCGGAUCGUAGGGAAUAUAUCUGUCCACUGCUCAAAACGAUUUCGAAAAAUGCUAAUAAACUUAAUGUGAAUGUGA